AUGAGUGGAUAUCAUGAGGUUGAAUUUAGCGUUCGAGAUUAUGAAUUGGAUAAAUAUGGAGUAGUGAACAAUGCAAUCUUCGCAAACUACUGUCAACACGCUUGUUGUCAACUUAUGGAAAAGAUUGGAAUCAAUAUUGAUACAAUAGCUCAAACUGGUAAUGCAGUCGCAUUAUCAGAAUUGUCACUCAAAUACAUUGCACCUCUAAAGAUUGGAGAUAAAUUAAUGGUGAGAGUGAGGGUAUCUGAUACAUCAGCUGCUCGCGUAUACUUUAAACAUUUCAUCGUCAAGAUCCCAAAUGAAGAGCCCGGUUUGGAGGCGUGUGCAACCGUAGUUUGGCUUGACAAAAGUUAUCGCCCGGUUCGUAUUCCACCAGGUGGAAGAUCCAAAAUUGUGCAAUUUAUUAGACAUGUAUCAUAUCAAAAAGGUUUGACACACAUUUUUGAGGUAUUUUACUGGAUAGAUAUAUUAUUUUUCGAUAAGAUGUAA